UUGUAAAGAUCCUCGUUCCUCCUCCAAACCUCCUGUUUCCCAUGCCAUGCUAAUACGCACUUGGUUGAGCAAUUGGCACCAACCCACAGCUCAGCUCGGGCGGUGACGAGAGAAUCGAUGGGACCUGCUAACAGAAUUAGGAAAGCUCGUGGAGGCGGUUUCAGAGAGAGGCGCUGGUUGACGACGCUCCUUCGUCGAGGGUGGCUUGGUUGGCACCAAACGAAGCAAGCCAAAGGUAGGCAGACGGACAAACGAGUUGCAGUGGAUGGUUCUGGCCAGCUCUCCGUUGAGGGCUUGUCAGCUCACAUGAUAGGGGCCAUCUUAAUAAGGAACACUUUCACCAGAGCCCUGGUAGACUCUUUUUCAAUGUUGGGGGAAAAAUGUCCCGCAAUUUGUUAAUGUGGGCGUGGAAAGACCUUAGAAUGAGGUACCAUGUUCAAGGGACUCUCUGGGCUUAAAAAGGCCGUGAAAGGAGGAUUCAGUGCCGUUCAAGAACACUCGUCGCAAUUGGCCGAACAAGUAGUUGGAGAUCCCUCUACCAGCAAAGACAACCUCAAAGAGAGCAUCAAAAAACGUGUCCAAGGAGGCGUGGCCAGUGUGGUUGAUGCUAGUGGUAAUGUUUUAGGACCAGAAGCUGGAACACACAAGGAAAAGGCCUCAGACGUUGCCCGCAAUAUCAAGCAUUACGGAGCUUUCACUGAAGAUUAUCUCGGUUAUGCUGAUCCGACAAAGGAUCUUCGAAAGGCCGUAAAGGAACAAGAAAAGGCAGCCAAGAAGGCCCGAAAAGACAAAAAGAAGAAAACUGGCAAAAAGGAGGAUCUUUUCGAUCCCGAGAACAUCGCCAAGUACAAACGUGAAAUCGAAGAAAGAAAAAGACGUGAAGCUGAAGCUCAAAAGGCUGCUGGCGAUUGUUCGGAUGAAGACAAUUCCGAUGUAGGAGUCAACGAAAAUCGUGAAAACCUUGAUCUUCAGUUGGUCACCGAAGGUCACUCCUCUUCGGAGCGUGAAACUCCCAUCAAAAGCCCGGUCAGCGGGGCCGUAACUCCCCAAAGAAACGAUAAAGACAAUUGGACGCUUUUCCAGAAUCUCACAUCGGGGGUUGAUCAUCUCAUUCAGAAAACCAAGGACGACCUUGUGGGGUUAAAGCAAGAGAGCUAUUUCAAGAAGAAAGAACCAGAAGAAACUUCUGACACCGAAGGCGUUGAAAAGAGCGGCAAAGAUUCGAAAAGGAAGUGGGUCGAUCUAGACCGAAACAGUUUCGACGACUUUGACGGCGAAGUUUCUGGUGACGAAGAGAACAAGGUCCCGGACGUUUCAUCGCGAAAGGAUUCGUCGGGCCAAAAACCAUUGGUCGAUAGCUCCCAGAAGCAGGAAGUCCAAGAGAAGCAGGUAUCCCGCGAACCCUCGGAAGAAGAAGAGCCUCUCGAUCCUGAUGACGACGACGACCUUUUCAAUACAGCCUUUGUAGAUGCUAUAACCAGCGGGGACGUGAAGCUCGUCGUUAUUCCUGACGAUCCCGUUCAAGAGGAAGGAGACGAUCCAUUCAACACCGACUUUGCUAACGAAGUGGUCAAAAAGCAAGAAGAAUACAAAAGACGGGAAGUGACGAAACUUAAGUUUUCUGGACUUUCUUCGGUUGCGGAUGUGCUUUCUGGAAAAGCUGAUAAAGUCGACAAAUCGUUAGUUGAUGUAACUGUUAAGCGGAAACGUCGCCGAGCCAACCGAAUCAAUCUCAUUGCCGAUGACAAUAAUGAAGUAACAGCCCUUGAGGAUAUCGCCACACACGAACCACAAAAAGACCAAGAAGCAUCCGGAGUCGUCGACUUUCUCUCCGAGUUUGACAGCUCCCUUCCUGUUCCCGAAGGCGAUCUUCUGGCCACGAGUCCAUUAGCUGACAUCAAUCAAAAACCGGUUGAGUCAAAGGCUGCUUUAGAUCUCUCCGAGUUUGAAGAAUUUGGUGGCGAAGUGAGCCCCAAAGGCUCGAACCUUACAAGUAACGUUGCUAUUCUCUCUGGCGAAUUUGCUAAACCUGCGGAGGAAGAGGAAGACGACUUUGAUGCCGCAUUUGAUGUGCUAGCCAAGGAAUCUGUCACCAAAACACGACUUGAAGAGCUUGAGAAGCAGUUUGAAAACGACGAUAUCUUUGAUACUUCCAAUGCCGACAAAGUUCUGAAACUCGCCUCGCUUAUCGAUCCCAUUAAUAAAGAAGAGGAGGAAAUUACCUUUGAAGAUCCUUUUGAUACCAGUGCAUACGAUAGCAUCACUGGUGACGUUGAGACCGAGCUCGAAUUCGAAUCUUUGGCUCAAAGGGAAACGCCCGUUAUCAAUACAGACCAAGUUGUGCCCUCGUCAGGUGGUGACGCGUUUGGUGGAACCAAAGCUCAAGGGGCGGACGAAGGCUGGGCCAAGUUUGGUGACCGAAAGCCACCUCCACGUCCACAACCCCCUCGCCCGCGACCUGCUCGACCCCCUCCCUCAUUUAUUGGCAAUGCACUAACUGAAGCUGAUGCUCCAGGAAUAGUGGUCAAGGCUCCAAGCACCGAAUCGAUCAAAUCGUGGAACAUUUCUGUAGCAGAAAACCUAAUCAAACAAUCAGAGGACGCUGUGAUCGCUCAGACUGUACUAGAAGAAGAGGAGUUUGAUCCCUUUGAUACGAACAAAUUCGACGCUAUAGUUCAGAAAAUCGAGGACGAUCCCUUUGAUACGAAAGAGUACGACAACAUCGUGAAGCUAGAAGUUGAAAACGCUGAGGACGAUAUCGAAGACCCAUUUGAUACUUCACAUUUGGACGGCGGAGAACCGCAACAACAAGUAACAGCACCCAAGAGGAACUCGCUUAAGCCUGCACUUAAGGAAGAUAUUGAGUGGGAUAGUGCCAACGAAGAGGAGGAAGUGCCUGACGUCAUAUCUUUGGACCUCUUGUCCCAAAAGGAUACAGACUCAACUCCGGCUUUAGUGACGGAAGAAACGUUAGCACCGACCAAACCAGAGCCCGUCGAAGUCGACCCAUUUGACACUGAUUUUGCGGCCGACGUCCUUCCAGAUAAGGGAGAUCCAUUCGAUACAAGUUACGUUAAACACGGUCCAGGCAAAGCUGAGCUCAAGGCCCUUGAGGAGGAAUUUCUCACCGAACAGAAGAAGGAGAAGCCCAAGAAACCCAAGAGCAAAUUGGUGCCUGGAAUAGCUGGUCGCGCUCGACCUAAAGGAAGCAUCAAGAAUAAGUCUUUACCCAAAGUUCAAGCUCCUGAACCGGAGCCCAUUGAGGACGAUCCAUUUGACACAUCAAUCGCGGAUAAAUUGAUUACGGAUCCUGUGUCAACCGCAUUACCGACCCAAUCGACAAAUAAAACAGAAACGCCUGAAGCAUCAUCUCCUCCAGAAUCAGAAGAUCCCUUUGAUACUACUGCAGCUGAAAAGGUCAUCGCCAAGGAUCCAGCGGAAACGACGUUAAAGGAGACGAGUGACGAAGACGACUUUGAUCCACGGGCAUAA